UUGAUCUUUGCCUCGGGCUUUUAUUAAAUAGGGUUGAGAUUCUCUCUGUCGACUUCAAUAAUUGCCGGGUUCCUUUUUCUUUAAGAAAAAAUUAUCACCGUAUACGUUAGUUUUUGAUUGGAUACCGAUGCUGUUUUUUGCCACUUGCUUUACACGCUAUGAGCUUAUUCGGGUUGUUUCAAUUUGGACCCCUUUUAAGAGUGAUCUCAAUUUCCGAGCUGAAUAGAUGUGAUUUAAGAUUUAUGUUCCUCGAUUGGAUUUCUCUUUUAUUAAUGUGUGUGAGAUUUUGUAUUUUUGUAUGAGGGUGGCUUUGGUGCAACGUUUGCUGGUCCAACUCUUCAACUCUGAAGCAGAGGUAUUCAAGUCACUGAAUCAUGUUUGGGUAUGGUGGAAGGAGGAGUAAUAACACCAAGUAUUAUGAGAUUCUUGGUGUCUCAAAGAACGCAAGUCAAGAUGAAGUGAAGAAGGCUUAUAGGAAAUCCGCCAUAAAGAAUCAUCCUGACAAAGGUGGAGAUCCUGAGAAGUUCAAGGAGCUAGGUCAUGCAUAUGAAGUUCUUAGUGAUCCAGAGAAAAGAGAUAUAUAUGACCAAUAUGGUGAAGAUGCACUGAAGGAAGGGAUGGGAGGAGGUGGUGGUGUUCAUAACCCAUUUGAUAUAUUUGAUUCCCUUUUUGGCGGAGGAGCUUUUGGUGGGGCAGGCAGCUCAAGAGGAAGAAGGCAGAAGCGUGGUGAUAAUAUUGUGCAUCCUCUUAUGGUUUCCUUAGAGGACUUGUAUAAUGGAACAACCAAGAAACUCUCUCUUUCUAGAAAUAUUUUGUGCCCCAAAUGUAAAGGGAAGGGUUCAAAGAGUGGGGCUUCUGGAGCGUGCUAUGGAUGCCAAGGUUCAGGAAUGAAAAUUACAACACGACACAUUGGACUAGGCAUGGUUCAGCAGAUGCAACAUAUCUGUCCUGAAUGCAGAGGUUCAGGUGAGAUCAUCACUGAGAAGGAUAAAUGCCCACGGUGUAGGGGAAGCAAGGUACAUCAAGAGAAGAAGGUGCUGGAGAUACAUGUUGAGAAGGGGAUGCAACAUGGCCAGAAAAUAGUUUUUGAGGGUCAGGCUGAUGCAGCACCUGAUACAAUUACUGGAGAUAUUGUUUUUGUAUUGCAACUGAAAGAUCACCCUAAGUUUGAGCGGAGGCUUGAUGAUCUUGUUGUGGAGCACAAACUCAAUUUAACAGAGGCUCUCUGUGGAUUUCAGUUUGUCCUGACUCACCUUGAUGGCAGGCAACUUCUGAUCAAAUCAAAUCCUGGCGAGGUCAUAAAACCUGGUCACUACAAAGCAAUCAAUGAUGAGGGAAUGCCGCAAUAUGGCAGGCCCUUCAUGAAAGGUAAACUUUAUAUCCAUUUCAAUGUGGAUUUUCCAGACUCAGGGGUGCUAUCCCCUGAGCAGUGCCGUAGUAUAGAGGCCAUACUUCCCUUGAGGUCAAGAAAGCACUUGUCUGAUAUGGAGCUUGAUGAGUGCGAAGAGACCAUCUUGCACGAUGUCAAUAUGAAUGAGGAAGAUAAGAGGCGGAGACAGCAGCAGCGGUAUGAGGCAUAUGAUGAAGAUGAAGAUGAAGAUGAAGAUGAGUCGCCAAUGCCGGGUGUGCAAUGUGCUCAGCAGUAAGCCAGGACUGCCUUUUGGUUACAGCAGCUAAUUGCCAUCAUUACAAAUUGGGUGUUUUUGGCUUAUAACAGUAUCAUUACACCAUAUAUGGUGCGACCUACAUAUGGUUUGUGCCAUUCUUCUCCGGUUGUUACAAGUUUUGAUGGUGGAGUUAAAUUACAGUAGUUGGCAUACUUCAGGAUUGCAGAACAUAUGAUUAAAGUAGGAUACAAAUGAACUGAGCUGAGCCUAGUUUUAAAGAGUUUGAAGUUUAGUUUUUUAUUAUUAAAAUUUUUUCAA